CGCCGGAUUAAAGGCCACCCAGGCGGGCGGGGACCGGGACAGCAGCCCGCACCCAGAGCGUGCUCGGCUCCGCGCCGCCCAACGCUGGUCUCGUCGGCCCCGCGCGUCCAGCGGCCCCGGCGCAGCGCGUCCCGCCGAGCGCAGCAAGGCUCACGCGACAUGAACGUCGGGACAGGGCGCUGAACGGUGGUGGCGAUGUUGGGGCGCGGGGCCCUGGGCCCCGCUUGGGGGCUGCUGCUAGCGCUGAGCGUGCUGCCGCGGGCGCGCGGCGUCGAGGAGGAGCCUGGCGGCGCGCACGGAGAGACCCAGGGCUUCCAGGUGGUCACCUUCGAAUGGCACCACGUCCAGGACCCGUACAUCAUCGCGCUCUGGAUCCUCGUGGCCAGCUUGGCCAAGAUCGGCUUCCAUCUGUCCCACAAGGUCACCAGUGUCGUCCCUGAGAGUGCACUGCUCAUCGUGCUGGGCCUGGUGCUGGGAGGCAUCGUCUGGGCGGCUGACCACAUCGCCUCCUUCACCCUCACACCCACCCUCUUCUUCUUCUACCUGCUGCCCCCCAUCGUGCUGGAUGCUGGCUACUUCAUGCCCAACCGGCUCUUCUUCGGGAACCUGGGCACCAUCCUGCUAUACGCGGUCAUCGGCACCGUGUGGAACGCGGCCACCACCGGCCUGUCGCUCUAUGGCGUCUUCCUCAGCGGCCUGAUGGGAGACCUGGACAUCGGGCUGCUGGACUUCCUCCUGUUUGGCAGCCUGAUCGCGGCUGUGGAUCCGGUGGCUGUCCUGGCCGUGUUUGAGGAGGUACACGUCAACGAGGUGCUGUUCAUUAUCGUCUUCGGGGAGUCGCUGCUCAAUGACGCUGUCACCGUGGUCCUGUACAACGUGUUUGAAUCUUUUGUGACGCUGGGUGGUGACAAGGUGACCAGCGUGGAUUGUGUGAAAGGAAUAGUGUCCUUCUUCGUGGUGAGCCUGGGGGGCACGCUGGUGGGGGUCGUCUUCGCCUUCCUGCUCUCGCUGGUGACGCGGUUCACCAAGCACGUGCGCAUCAUCGAGCCUGGCUUCGUCUUCGUGCUCUCCUACCUGUCCUACCUCACCUCCGAGAUGCUGUCCCUGUCGGCCAUCCUGGCCAUCACCUUCUGCGGCAUCUGCUGUCAGAAGUAUGUGAAGGCCAAUAUCUCAGAGCAGUCGGCCACCACCGUGCGGUACACCAUGAAAAUGCUGGCCAGCGGGGCCGAGACCAUCAUCUUCAUGUUUUUGGGCAUCUCAGCCGUGGACCCCCUCAUCUGGAAGUGGAACACGGCCUUCAUUCUCCUGACACUGGUCUUCAUCUCCGUGUACCGGGCCAUCGGUGUCGUACUGCAGACCUGGAUUCUGAACCGGUACCGGAUGGUGCAGCUGGAGAUCAUAGACCAGGUGGUCAUGUCCUACGGCGGCCUUCGCGGGGCUGUGGCUUACGCCCUGGUGGUCCUUCUGGAUGAGAACAAGGUCAAGGAGAAGAACCUGUUCGUCAGCACCACCCUCAUCGUCAUCUUUUUCACCGUCAUCUUCCAGGGCCUGACCAUCAAGCCCCUGGUGCAGUGGCUGAAGGUGAAGAGGAGUGAGCAGCGAGAGCCCAAACUCAAUGAGAAGCUGCAUGGCCGGGCCUUCGACCACAUCCUCUCGGCCAUCGAGGACAUAUCAGGGCAAAUUGGACACAACUACCUCAGAGAUAAGUGGUCCAAUUUUGAUCGGAAAUUCCUCAGCAAAAUCCUCAUGAGAAGGUCAGCUCAAAAGUCCCGGGAUCGGAUUCUGAAUGUUUUCCACGAGCUCAACUUGAAGGAUGCCAUCAGCUACGUGGCCGAGGGAGAGCGCCGCGGGUCCCUGGCCUUCAUCCGCUCCCCCAGCACUGACAACAUGGUCAACGUGGACUUCAGCACCCCGCGCCCCUCAACUGUGGAGGCCUCUGUCUCCUACCUCCUGAGGGAGAACGUCAGCACUGUGCGCCUGGACAUGCAGUCCCUGGAGCAGAGGCGGCAGAGCGUCCGCGACACCGAGGACAUGGUCACUCAUCACACGCUGCAGCAGUACCUGUACAAGCCCCGGCAGCAGUACAAGCAUCUCUACAGUCGACACGAGUUAACUGCGGACGAGGACGAGAAGCAGGACAAGGAGAUCUUCCACAGGACCAUGCGGAAACGCUUGGAGUCCUUCAAGUCGGCCAAGCUGGGGGUGAACCCGCACAAGAAGGCCGCGAAGCUGUACAAGAGGGAGCGUGCUCAGAAGCGGAGAAACAGCAGCAUUCCCAACGGGAAACUGCCGAUGGUGAGCCCCCUGCAGGAUUUCACCAUUAAGGAAAAAGAUUUGGAACUUUCGGACCCUGAGGAACCCCCCAACUAUGAUGCCGAGGAGAUGAGUGGGGGGAUCGAGUUUCUGGCAAACAUCACGCAAGACACAGCGACAGACUCCCCUUCAGGAAUUGACAACCCCGUGUUUUGCCCGGACGAGGACCCGAGCAUCCUUUCCAGGGUACCACCCUGGCUGUCCCCCGGGGAGACGGUGGUGCCCUCCCAGAGGGCCCGUGUGCAGAUUCCCCAUUCUCCCGGCAACUUCCACCGCCUGGCACCCUUCCGCGUCAGCGGCAAGUCUGUGGACUCCUUCCUGCUGGCGGACGGCUCCGAGGAGCAGUCCCACGCGGCCCUGCCGGAGUCCACACACAUGUGACACUGGCUCGGACGCCCCGCUGACCGGACGGGAGGCCCCACCCGCCACCGAGAAGCCCCCGCGCGUGCGUGCCCCAAGCCCAGCCCCGCCCAGCCCCUUACCGGCCCCGCCCAGCACCGCACAGGUGCCGCCCACCGCCCGAAGCCCCGCCCCCGCCGCGCCGUCCGACCCCGAGCCGGCGGCGGGGCCAGAGCGCCGCGGGCUGAUGGGCGCGCACGCGCGGUCGGCGGCAGCGCGGCGCGUGCACAGCCGGCGCUCGUUCCAGCGGCCCCGCGCGCGCCGCCGCCCCGCACUGCUCAAGCUCGCGUCGCUGCAGCCGUCGUGCCACGCGCCGCCGCACGCGCUGGAGCAGGAGGAGACGCCGCUGUGACGGCAGCCCAUCCGUGCUCUGCACCCACGACCUCGCCCCGGGAGUGUCUCGCCUCCCAGGAGUCUCCACCCCACCAUGGAUACCCCCACCCUGGGUUUGCACACAUGACCUCUCUCUGCCCCAGAAUGCCCCGCCACGACCUCGCCCUCAGGGGUCUCCACCCGCCACGGGUGGGCCCACCUGGGGUCAUCCCUUCAUGGUCAUCCCUGGGUCAUUGCCUGGAGUCAUCCCCUCCAUGGCCUCACUCCCCAGGAGUCUUCCGGUGGCCUGGAGUAGCCCUGGGCACUCACCCAUCCAGGUGAGUGCUCGGAUGGACAGGAGCCGGACUCUCAGGGGACCAAAUGUGCUGCAAGGCCUGGAAUCUCCGAAUUCCUUGGGGUCCGUAUGGAGAGGCCCCUCUGGGCCAGGGAGUGGGCCAUGUGCCUCCUCCACCUUUUGAGUGCGGGCAUUCUUGCCAGGAGACUCCACUGUGGUCCCUCUGUCCACCUGUCCUGUAUUUGAACUGAGCUGGCACUUGUGUGUUACUGUUUCCAUUGUCAUCCUGACUCAGGGAUAUUCUCUGCUUGAGUUCUUGCCACCUCGUGUCCAUUUUCAUCAGCAGUGCUGGGGAAACUGAGAUCCAAACAAAAUGAGAUUUACCUAGUGUGAUACCAACCCAGGAUUCCAGACCAAGGCUGGCCUCUCUCCAAGCACCCAGGGAGGGCAACAGCCCCCCCCAUAGGGCGGGGUGUGGGGUAUCUUCAUGUCCACUCACCAGGUCUUUCAGCCACCUGUCACAUGGGCUACAGGUGCAACUGCAGGAACAUCCUGUUUGAGCAUCCUUUUUGUGCUGAGAUGCCCAGCCCCAGGGCUUGUCCUGCACACCCUAGUCUUGGUGUGGUGACCUCUGGGCAUUGGGUGCUGUCCUGUCCCCAGACACCUGGUAUCUGGCCUGAGUGGUCCUACCUGACACUGGCAGAUGGCCCAGGAUGGGUAGGGGGUUGUGCCAGCUGCAUGGGUGUGCCCACACAGCCCCAGCAGAGUGGGUGAGGCCUCUGCUCAGCAGUCUUGUUUAGAAUCUCAGCAGGUCUUUCAAUGGACCCGGGCCGGAUGGUUGCUCAGGCAUCUCACCACUGCUGGGGGGCCACGGGGACUUGGACAGAGCCCCCAGUCCUCUGGAGGGGGGAGGUAAGGCACUGUGCAGUGAGUCAGGGAGGUGGCCCUCACCUCCUCAGACGAGGGCUUGUGGGGCAGUAAAGGGACAGUGGACUCGUAGAAGCAUCUCUAAAGCCAGGCUCAGUCCUGCUCAGGGAACCGUCCAUGCUGUGCUGAGACCACGUUCCCACGAUGUGCGUUCUCACUGCGUCACAGGCGAGGAUUACAAGCAGUUUGUGGUUUCAGAGCUGCACAUCGAUCUCUUAUGGGAAGUUUACACUUUGCUGUUGAGAAAAACACUAGACAGCAGGGAAGGCGCAGUGUUCACCCAGUCAGCUCUGUAGGCUGAUGGCGCAUCUGCUCUCUCCUGGAACCACUGGCCCGGUCGUCACACUACAGGAGGGACAUGUGCUUUCCAGGGCUUGUUCCCCACACUCACAUCCACUUUGAGCAACCCCGUGAGCACAAAAUCCAGCCAUUGUCUGCCCAACAAAACCUGGAGGAAAGUACAAGCUCUGCCUACACUCGGCGGGAGUGGGUCGUCCAGAGUCCACAGCCUGGCUGGUCCAGCACCUCCAGCUGCCUUAACAACUCCCUGGACCGCUGGCUGAUUCACCGCUGCAGGGCCGGAGGCUGAGCUGGGGAAAGCGGCUUCGGGGCGGUUCCUGGACGCUGCAGAUACUAAACCGCCAGGUGACAAACCUCUCCUGGGCCAGUUCUGUGGCCGGUGUCCUCUGUGGUGGGUGGGCAGGUUUCCUGUUUGUUGACCUGUACAGCGAAGUACAGAUACCUGAACGGAGGUUCCAGGCCAUUUCGGCUUGAGACUGGUCUGGUGACAGUGUUAUAAACCCUAGUGCUGUGGAUACGUUUCAUGGCGUUGUAAAACAAUGUAAACAAAGUCUUAUGAAUGUAUUUCCUUAGGAAAACCAUUAUCAAUUCUUUUAUUAGGAAAGAAUUCCUAUUUAUUUAAUACUGAACUUUGGCCUACUUUGUGGUAGACACAAAUUUAGGAGUCAUUUCUCACGUCCGUAUUUUCUUGAAAAUAAUUUUGUAACAGUGCUCACAUAACUGUGCUGUUGGUCUUCUAUUGUGAAAGGAGACUUGAGGAACUUCACUGAAAUGUAUUUCAAGUUAGGAGGGGUGAAAAUUGUGGAUGCUAAUUCUGUGAAUGUAAUCUAGUCAGACUGUGUAACCCUAAUCACAAUCAACGUGCCUUAAAGAGCUGCCCCACUUGCUAUUGGCAGUGUCCGGGCAGGGGGCCACCACAGACCCUACAAGGACUGCUUGAUAAAGCCUAUUAAAAAUGUUUUAAGGCA